UAGAAUUUAUAUAAAAAUUUCUCGAGGUAAUGUUUCUGCUUUUAACAUAUCUACGCAUUUAUACUUUUCUUUGGUGUAAAGAUACUCCUUUUCUCUUUGUGCUCUUUUCAAACAAGGAAUUCGAGGGAAACACGGAUCAGUUUCUUGUAGUGAGGCAUUUACUGAAGAAUCCAAUCAACGUCACACGUUAUAUAAGGAUUUAUCCAGUGGCUUGGAAUAAACGGAUUAGUUUAAGAGCUGACUUCUAUGGCUGCAAAUCAGUGGAAAUCCCAGAAACAGUAUGUGCUUCUCCGUUGGGAAUGGAGAACGGAAAGAUACCAGAUUCAGCCAUUGUAGCAUCGUCGCGUUACAGUUACAGUAGUGACUAUUAUGGACCGGAACGAGGGAGACUGAACAAUCCAGGAGGAUGGAUGUCCGACCACAGCAACGAACAUCAGUUUCUGCAGAUUGACUUGGAAAAUGUUACCAAGGUGACCAGGAUUGCCACCCAAGGAUUAAUUGAUAAUGGCUGGGGCCGGUGGACAAAAACUUACACCCUAGAUUACAGUGAAGACGGUGGAACAUUCAUUUCAUACCAUACUAGCCAGGUUCUAGAAGGAAACACAGAUAGUGUUCAUACGGAAGGUCGUAGCCUUGAUCCUCCAAUCGUCGCUCGUUUUAUCAAAAUCAACGUUAAAACAUACCAAGGAUACCCGUCUUUAAGGGUGGAGUUGUACGGAUGCAGUGAUGGUUUCCCGACGCCAAAGCCUCUAGUGUGUUUAAAAGCCCUCGGAAUGCAGAAUAAACAAAUUCCAGACUCUGCUAUAACAGCUUCCUCUUACUUGUACUGGCACAGUUUUCCGACCUCUAAACCGCCUGCAUGUAUGGCUAGUCUUGGAUUAGAAAAUAACAACAUCCCCGAUUCGGCCAUAAAGGCUUCAAGCGAACGGUACUAUAAAGCAAGUCGGAGUCGGCUUUACCAACAGGAAAGCUGGAUAGCUGCCAUAAAUGGCGCUGAGCAAUGGUUUCAAGUAGAAUUUGUAAAUUGGACCAAGGUGACUGGUGUGGCCAUUCAGGGAUGUUCGUACCGGUCUUGGCAGCGGUGGGUUACGAAGUUCAAACUUGCUUACAGUUACGAUGGAGAGUUUUUCCGUGACUACAGGGAGGAUGGUGAUUAUACAAAGGUAUUGCUUUAUUAUGGUUUCAGAGCUGUCCAUUUCAGAUGUACAUUUGCCCAAUCGUCUCUGUGCCGUACACUGGAUUAA